AUUAAAAUCUUUAUCUUAAAGGUAUUAAGCCGUAUUAUGAAUCUGCUGGCCAAAAAGUGUUUGAACUUUCUUUUCAAUUGAUUUUUCUUAACAUGAUUUUGGAUUCUGUUUCAACGAGUACAUGUUUAGCCGGCCAAAACAACCAAAUGGAAAACACAAAUUUUAAGCGCCGACAAAACUGGGAGAAUUUGUACUCCGAGCGAAGCGAUUCCGACACGGCUAUAUAUAAAGACUUUGCGAAUGAAAAUGAAGCGACCAAGCGGAGUGAAUGCAGCGAAUACGAAGCCACUGACCUAUCGCGGCCGAAGCAGCCAUUUUUCGAUCGAUCGAGAGAACGAAUUCAGUCGGCGGGAUCAGCAGGUGACGAAGGCGGUGGAGCGACGCACAAAUUACCCGAUCUUCCGAUCAAAACCGAAAAGGACUGUCGGGAAGAGUUUGAGUAUUUGCGAAAGCAAGUUGCUCAAAGCUCUUUAUUGAAAGAAAGUAACGAAGAGACUUCAACCGAAUUCAGGAAAAGUAACAGGACAGCUGGUUGUAGCUCGGUUUCAAAAGAUAACGAUUCAAGUCCAACAAAUGAUUUGGUUAUGACGUCACAAUACACGGACACGAAUCAAUCCGACAGCGGCGCGAACGUGCGUCGUUAUCGAACAGCAUUCACGCGCGAACAGAUAAAUUCGCUUGAGCAAGAGUUUCAGAGAGAAAAUUAUGUUUCUAGGCCACGAAGGUGCGAGUUGGCUCAUGAGCUCCACCUACCGGAAGCAACUAUUAAGGUUUGGUUUCAAAAUAGAAGAAUGAAAGAUAAAAGACAACGGCAGACGUGGCCGUACCCCAUAGACCCAUCAGUAUAUGCUAUGUUCUGUACACAGUUGUCUAACUAUCGUCUUCAUCAGCAGCAUGUGUCAAAUGUACAACUCCCAACUCUUGUCCCGAGAAUGCCUGCUGUGCCUUGCAAAAUCAACCCGUUUAUGACCAUGGUCACAGAAAAUGAAACACCAGAUCCUGAACUCGCUAGAACGAAACGCUUUCAAGCAGAACAGAUGACGUCAGCGUUGGCAAGCUUCCAAGAAAAUCGACGUAAAGAGCCACGGACGAAAGAAGAUGGGCACGAACGAAAAUACAACGACGAGUCUUACGAAACCCAGACUCCAAAACCGAACAUCGACAUAAACGCAUACAGGUCUUAUAUGUCAUACCUGCAUACCCAAGCGAUGUACAGCAACACCCAGCAAGGCCUUCAACCGACGUUAGACGCGUACAAGAUGUUAGCACCUCAAGUUUUACACCCAGCACAACGAAGCCCACUGUUUCCCUAUCUGAAUCCUUUGGGUAUGCCUCAGUAUAAUCAGGUACCUCGAUCGCCCACUGGCGGUUAUGGCUUUCAGGUCCCAGGGCCGCUGUUUGACCCUACUGUAUUUGCUUCUCCAUCCCAACGAAGCAGCUUUGACCUUUCAAAUCACCACAGGCCAAAAUGUUCUCUAAGUCCUUAAAGAUGUACUUCCAAAAACCAAUACUUAUAAGUUUCAUGCGUUCUUGUUCCCUGUAUCUCUUGUAACAUAUAGCAUUCCCAUAUCUGAAUUUCUGUAUCGCGUGUAAUAAAACGAAGUUUUACCCGAAAAACAAUUUUAGUCAAAAUCUAUGAGACGGAAAAGUUAUACGGAAAAUACACAAAAAUGUGACGAAUUAUGACGUAAGACAAUUAAACAAAAUGCAUUCUAUGAUCUAAUACACAGUACAAAUCAAGCAAUUUUCAGUAAGAUUUUUGGGUUCAAGAAAUACCUCAAAUAAAGUACAUGAAUGCAGAAUGUUCUAGCGAAGUCCCAAGCUAUGUAUACCCAAGUGUUUUGACGAUAUGUUACAUACUCGGUUCUUACGUUGGAAUAACGUAUGCUAGAGGUUUGUCAACUUAUUGGUUUGAAAUCAGUAUCGGGGUAUUAAUAGGGCUUUACAUUCUCGGGGCUGCUAUUUACAUGAUAUUAAGAAAAAUGUACACUGACGGAAGAUUUCAAAGCAAUUUUGGACAAGUGGAACAUUUAUGGACCAUCAGUAACCAGUCAAUGACCACAAUCAAACGAAGAAAUAGCAUUGAGCAUAUGGAAGUAAUAUCGCUGGAUGGAGAAACAACAAAUGAAAAAUAAACACAAACAACUAAUAAUAUUGAUCUUUAAAUAUAAUAAUGUUAAAGUGCUGGGUAAAUAUAUACCUUACAAAUUAGGUCAAUUGCAAUGCAUUUCGGCAAAUUAUGAAUUAAAUUAAAAAUUGCCGCAGAAAACAGCUGUCUAUGUUUAUACAGCUCACCAACAACGUAAAUAAAUACCCUGUGCAAAGUGCAUACGUCGUUAAGGUGUAAUGAAAAUGUAAACCGUUACGACCGCCGCCAUCUGGUAGAAAAUGCGUUUUUUCUAUAUAAGAACGCUUCCCUCAUUGGAAAGACAUUCCAAGUUCGAUAAGAUAUACGGAUCAGACAAUCAAGAUGAAAAUAUCAAUUGCUUUCACUGUUCUUGCGAUUUCGUUGGCAGUUUUGGGUUCUCCUAUUGAAGAUACGGAUGUCUCACUUGUGACAAAGACGGAUUUCAGUGAAAACGCGCAAGCCCUUCUUCGGGAAGCUUCUAUUCGAGCCGUGGCUUACUUGUGUCUUGGAGAAAACGUUUUGCCUGAAAUAGAAGAAACUAUUUGUGCUAAAGCUCUUUACACCGGAAUGGGGACACGAACACAACCUGCUGUAUAUGCAAGCUUGGACUGCAUCGACUGUCAGGUUGCAGAGCCCGUCUGUUGGGAUGCAUGCCCGGUUUAUUAGGAAUGAUAAUCGAUCGACCACACAAGCCAACGACACCGCCGGAAUCUUCAAUUCGUGUUCGAUAUAAUUUAUUUUAAUUUGCAAUGACGAAAUCGUAAAAAUAAAAAUAAAAUUCAACUCAUACUCAUA